AUGAAGGAAAAGAACGUUAAGCAUCGUGACCUUAAACCAGACAACAUUAUUAUUGAUGGCGAUUUUAUUCCUCAUAUCAUUGAUUGGGAUGAUUCUACCGACAGAUAUUCUUUGUCAAUAUCAACAAGUCAUGGUACAGUUCCUUUUACAGCUCCAGAGAUAUACAAAACCAUAAGAAAGUGCGCAUCGGAUGUUUUUUCAUUUGGUGGAGUAAUGUUCAACGUAAUUACAGGAAACUACCCAUUUGAGAAGGCAUUUACUACUGAAGAAGGUCUCAAAUAUUUUAUUGAAUUCUACAAAGAGAAUAUUACUUCAAAAACCCGCGAUGCAUAUAAAAGUCUUAAAGAUUAUGAGGAAAUCCAGGAAAUGGAUGGUGCUAGUAAAGAAGAAAUAGAAGAACAAAGGAGAAUCGCCGCUGAAUAUGUCAAACCUAUUAUUAAAGAAAUGAUUCAAGGCGGAUUGAGAGAUGAUGAAAUUCUAGUCGAUGAAAAAUUCACAAAAGAUGGUUUCAACAAGGAAAUUGCAGGCUUAAUUUUUGAAUGUUGGAAAGGAGAAUACAAAGAAAGAAUCAAACCAGUUGAUCUUGAGAAACGUAUGGAGGACAUCGCAAAAACAUACCUUAAUGAUUCCGAAUAUAAACAGUACGAAGCCUAUAAAAAGAAAUUAUCAUCAAUUUGUGAUAAAACUUAUGAAGAAGUGAAAUACGGAACAGAAGAAAUGAUUAUGAAGGCAAAGGAAUGUGGAUUUUACGUGAAUGAUUCUUCAUUAAAGGAAAUUAUCAAAACAAUUGAUCCUGAUUUCAAUCCAGAUGAAUCAGUAUUCCAAGCAUUCAUUGAUUCUAUUACAACUUAUGAUUAA